UUAAGCCAUCGUUUGGACGGAGGCAAGGACGACAUAACAGGAUUUUUCUAAGUUUGACUUUGAAGCCCCUGCUUUGGCCUCUUUGUGUGGGGCUGUAGUUCUACUGUGCCUUGUGCAUUUCAUCACCAUUGUGGCUCACAUAAUUUUGCUGUGGGGAAACGCAGAUGGAGGGUACUCAGGAGCCCCGCUGAGUCUUCAGGGCCCUGGGCUGUGUUGAGUCCCACUUCUGAGAUAGCACUAGCUCUUAGAGUUAGAUACCGCUUCACAGUGCUUUAUUAUAUUACUCUCUAAGCGGUUGAAAGAGUCAGCCUCUUGCCCCCAUCAAUCCGGGUCUUCAUUUUACCCACCUCGGAAGGAUGGAAGGCUGGGUCAACCUUGAGCUGGUUAGUAUCAAACUCCUGGCAGUUGGCAGAAUUAGCCUGCAAUACAGCAUUUUAACCACUGUAAAAGGAAGGAAGGAAGGAAGGAGGGAGGGAAGGAAGGAAGGAAGGAAGGAAGAUCACAGCCCUCUCUAAACGGUUUGCAGAGUCAGCCUCUUGCCCCCAACAAUCCGGGUCCUCAUUUUAUUGACUUUGGAAGGGUGGAAAGCCGAGUCAACCUUGAGCUGGUGAGAAUCGAACUGCCAAAUUGCAGUCAGCUGGCAGUCAGCAGACAUAGCCUGCAGUACUGCAUUCUAACCACUGUACCACCGUGGCUCAUGAGAUGCUUCUCUUCCCGCAGUUCCGCCACAAGGUCCGCUUCGAAGGGAUGGAGCCGCUGCCCUCCCGCUCCUCCAGCCAGGACUCCCGGUCAUUGCAGGGAGCCACCCCUAGCGCUGCCUCCGAGAGCUCCCGGGCCUCCACUUCCUCCAGCCAGCUGGAUGGGCUCAGCCUCACCACCAGCACCUGCGACAGCAUGGAGCUCGAUGUGGAGAUCCAGCAGCUCCUCUCCCUCCUGCAGACACUUCUCACCCAGUUCGACCGAGUGAACGGGGCAGCCGAGGAGGUGUACAGCUUGGAGUGCCGGUUGGAGAGCAACCAGAACCGACGGGCCGGGCGGAGGGGCAGGCUGAGGGCCGAGCGGCCGGCCAGCCUUUCCCACCCCAUCCGCACCGCCCCUGCCUGCCUGUCUUCUGAGCCAGGCCCCAGCAGCCGGCCUGUCCUACUCUCCCGGCCCCUGAGCAGCCCUGCGGCCUUCCGGGUCAUCCACAGCGGCCCAGGCACUCUGCUGACGCCACAGAAGACGCUGGUAGCAGCGGCCAAAAAGAAGAGGCCUCUGCGGGCCAACAACCGAGUCCACCCCACCGGCAAGUAAAGCAGAUGGGAGAUGCUUCUACUCCAGCCUCGGGCUCUGUCUCUCUGGUCUCUUCUGGUGGAGGCUGCAGGUCAGCUCUGGAAGCCGCAGGGGCACCAACCGGCACUUAGAGCCACAGCCUUCCACCAUGUUGCCAGGUGACACAGGGCCUUUCCCCGACUUUUGGCUUCUGCAGAGGCUGAACAGUUCUCUCCUGGUUUCCAUGCGGGGAGGGGGGGGGAUGGCAGGAGCCAGAAAAGGCCAAGUCAGGUGUGGUGUGACCCCCCCCUCCAGGGAGAGGAAAGGACUCUCAGAGGGCAAGAAGAAAAAAAAAAAGUGUUAUUUUUCACAGAAGCUUUACAGCAAAUAAAACCAGGUUUUUGUGUGUGAGUGUGAGAGAGGGAGAGGAAAAAAAAUAUUUGUAAUGCAACCUGUUCUUUUUUGGUAAGUCUGCUCAAGGGGGGAGCUGAACAACCAUGGCUGGGCAAUGGCCAGGCUGAGCCUGGAGUGGAAGGACUUUUAUCCCCGAGCAGAGUUGGAGACAUUGGCAGACUGUGUGGAGAAGCUGGAUUUGGAAGACAGAAGAACGUCGUGCGGAAAGGACAAAUCCAGCGGAAUGGAGUAUACAUUAUCAAUCCAAGGAGAGUGUCAGUCCGAGAUUCUUAUUUUUUAUUUUUAAAAAGGAUCCCUUAUUUUUGACCAGUGUGCGCAGUUGAAGCCCCUCCUCUGCCAGUCUUGAAGACGGCAACAACCGUUUAAUGGGUCUAAAAGCUAAGCAGGUUGGAAACGGGGGAGGGGAGCGGGAGUUUGCUGUGUGGAGAGGAGCUGGGAGCUGGUUCCCCCAGGUCUUGUUCCCACGGCCCUUCUCCGCGAAGGUGUGGCUUACGUGUAUUACGUUGAUUGCGUAAUUUUAUUGUUGAGGAACGUGAUGGUUUAUUUUUAUAGGGUUUGUUUGUGUGAAUGUGUGUUUCGAGUAUGCAUGAAUGAAUAUAUGAAUAUAUCUACAUAUUCAUUCAUAUGGUUUACUAGUUGUAUUUACUGCCAGCACUUUAAUCUAUGCUUGCCUUAGCUACCAAUGACACAUGCAACUUUUAAAGAGCAGGAUAAUAUAUCGUGGAAGCAGUAUUUUUGUUUCUUGUAGAUCAUAAUUUAAAACAGGCCACUGGACUAUGACCGUAUGUGGGCCACUAGUUCUCAUGUCUUCGAGUGACACCCCCCCCCCCGGACCCCCAGUGAGGUGGCAGCCUGGAAUGGCUCUGAUGUUGGGUGGAAGAGGAUGAGCAGAAAUUCUGGGAGUUGAAGUCCACAAGUCAUAAAGGGGCCAUAGUCCCCCACCCUUGCACUAAACAAUGCGUUUGUGUUCCUGGUGCACACAAACCGUUGCUUGCAGAUGCAGAGCGGUGGAGAACAAACCCAUUGACUCCUCCUCAGUGUAUUCUAGCUCCCAAAUCGGAGCUCGGCCACCGCGAUGGCUAGGUGACCCUUGCAAAGCUGGGCCCUGAAUGUGCCUGGCCCACCUGCUCUCUUCCAAAUUCCACAAGGGCUAGGAUUGCGAGAGGCCUGAAGGAGGCCUGGAAGCCACCAGCACAGGUAGCCACCUCCAUGUCGUCCCUUAGCUUUAAUUUGGGGGAAUCCAUUCCAUUUAAAUGCUACGGCUGGUCCGUGCAGGCACCCGUCUUUCUCCUUUCUUGCGACACAUCCCAUAAUAUUCCGGUGGCCGGUUUAACGUUAUGUGUAUUAUAAUAAGUAAUUUAUAUGGGAUUUUUACAAGAGGAAAAAAAUGUAUAUUUUUGUAUGUUGGCUGUUUUUAUAGCAGCGGUCUUGUGCUCACACGUGUAGGUGGUAGUUAUUUAAGACAAAGUGACAUCAAAAGCCUCGCUUAAGCAUUGCUGGCAUGGGGGGGGUCAAAGCAAUGUGUGGGGUUUGCCAGAGGAAGUUCGGAGAUGCCAGGGCAGGAGGCAGGACCUCCUGGCAGGGCACCCACUGCAAAAGCACUGCACAUGCAACAGGAUCCCCCGUCCCAGAGCCCCCUCCCCAUCUGCUUUCCCAAAACCUCAGUUACACAGCCUUAAGUGGCCUUCGCUACCUUAGAGUUGCAAGAUGUUGUUUCUUUUUAGUAGCUACUUGGGGAUGCUGUAAACAACCAUUUCCGACACUCAGAAAAAUGCAUUUUACCUGUUUUUAAUAUUAUUUAUGAGGGUGCUAUUGUCAAACGUCGUAUCGUAUUCCAGACUGCUUUAUCUGAAAGGAAACUUCCUACCUUCUUUGAUGGAAACAGGAAAAAAGGUUGGCUGGUAAAGAGAUAGUGAAGAAGUUGAGGAAAGAAAGAAUCAGGAUUUCUUUUGCUAGAUCAGGGGUCUCCAACCUUGGUCUCUUUAAGACUUGUGGACUUCAACUCCCAGAGUCCCUCAGCCAGCAAAGCUGGCUGAGGAACUCUGGGAGUUGAAGUCCACAAGUCUUAAAGGGACCAAGGUUGGAGACCCCUGUGCUAGAUUACUUGUUGGGCCAAGGUUCUCAGUCUUAGCCAUGAUCAAGUAGGAAAUGAGGGAAGCCGCUCAGGGCCAGUUGUUGGCCAUUCUUUUCCCGAGGUGGCACCCCCUCCUGCCCUUCUUGCCAGCUGGAAACGCAGCACCUUAAUGGGUGAGGGAGGGAGCACCAUGGGGCAACGAGUCAACCCGUGCCAGUCCAAAGCUGAAGGCAAUGUUACAUCAGCAGCUGGCUUGAGGUUGGCAUCCUUUAAAGAGCAUAGCCUAAAACAGGCCAGUAAAUGAAGUGGAGGGUGGACAGUUACUGCUUGAGCCAGAGGAAGGAGAUUUUACACCUGUGUUGGUCAGUUAAAAGUUCUCGUGGGUUAUUUAAAAUGUUGGGAAAUUGCAAAGGAUGGGACAAGCUGAAGCAGGAGUAGGAAGCAGAUGGGUGAGGAGGAUGGUUCAGGAGUGGCCUCUCGUGUUGGGCUGCAGCAGGAGCUACAAGAGCAGCAGCAGAUUCACCACAUUGGACACCCUUCGGCCACGUCCACAAAACCACAUCUGGUCCCUCCUGCCAAAACAUUGAAUGUAUGUUUGGGCCUCUGCGGCCAGUUUCCUAUUUAUUCCUGUCUGAAAUCCCCACCCAGCAACACGGUUUACCCAAACUGCUUGAAAAGGGCUGUAAGAAGCCAAGUGUGCUUUAUGUUAAUUUUGCAAAGAAAGUAUUUUCUUUUAUACUGGUGAAUUAGCUUGACAAGGUCAUAUUAAAAGACAAUGGACUGCUCCGA